AUGGCAUACUACGGGUAUUUCCACUCGAUUCUAUUGCAGGGUGUGGAUCUUUGGGGCACAGCUGCUGAGCGCGACCGAGUAUUCAGGAUGCAAAAGCGCGCCCUGCGUAUAAUCGAUGGAAAACCCGUAGACUACCCAGCACAGACACUCAAGCCCGUGGGUCUCAAAUGCGCAGGCGACCCAGGCUACUUGCUCCUAGACGCCGACUCGCCAAAUCACGACGGUCACUCGGACCCAUCCUUGUACCGACUAGAAGAGGUCAUAGCCUAUUAUUUUUCAACGGCCACACAUACAGCCGUCAAACUCCUGGCUUAUACUGUUGCUCCAAGAAGCGCGCUGGAAAUAGCUAAAUUUGUAUCGUUUUCAGAAAACGUGAGUGAAACGAGCGAUGAAGAUGGACUUUUACCCACAGAUGACAUAAAAGGAACAGCGAAGGACCCCGAACUAACUUUCCUCCCGGAGAAAUCUAAAGAAAAAUAUUUAAAAGCGUACGAGAAUUUCAAUAAAUGGCGACUUGAAAAUAAUGAAAACACUUUGUCGGAAACUGUAUUAUUAACGUAUUUUAUGCAGUUGUCUCACACGAAGCAACCACCGACAAUGUGGAGUAUGUAUUCAAUGCUGAAAGCCACGAUAAAAACCAAGGAUGACGUGCAUAUUGAGGAUUAUAAAGAGCUCGUAACGUUUUUGAAAGGAAUGUCAGUGGGACACAACCCGAAAAAGUCCAAAAUAUUUACAUCAGCUGACAUAGAUAGAUUUAUAAAUGAAGCUCCAGACAUAAUAUACCUUGGUGCAAAAGUCAUACUCAUAUUGGGAAUAAACGGAGGAUGCCGUACUAAUGAACUUGUGAACCUUACCGUCGAUGGGAUCGAAAAACAUUCAGAAACCCUGUUAUUAAUAAAACUGCCAAAGACAAGUAAUAACAGAUCCUUUGUCGUUCGUGAGGAAUACGUACAGAUCGUUGAGCAGUAUAAAUCUUUACGGCCACCCAAUACAAAGACCGACCGAUUCUUCCUGCAGUAUCACAAGGGCAAGUGCUCAAGACAGCCCAUGGGUAUAAAUAAGAUAGGUGGGACACCGCGAGACAUCGCAACGUAUUUGAAACUUCAAGACCCUCAAGAUUACACUGGGCAUUGUUUUAGGCGAACAUCGGCCACGCUUUUGGCGGAAUCGGGGGCGGAUCUCAGCUUAUUCAAACGCCAUGACGAUACCCGUCCGGCUACUUCUAGAGAGGCAAACAUCGAAAGUCAAGCUGUGUCGAAAAUCUGGGUCUGUAUUGACCCUCCGAAAACUUAGUUUCGGUUAUACGCGUAAAGGUAUCAGUCGGAUGACGACUGCCGCAGAAUUAUUGUAGCAACAUUACUGUUGCAGCGUUGGCUGUUAUUAAAAAUUUCCUUGAUAAAAAUCAGUGACAGAUUGAACGUUCUUAUCUGUCGUCCUCAUCCGAAUGUCACCUUAACAUUCUUCGUCAUAAUUAUUACUACAUUAAAUAUAAGAAAUUUUCAAGUUACAGGUCGUAAAGUAUGAGAUAAUAUUAACCAGUUGAUUUGGUCGAAUGUAUAAACUUUUGACAGUGAAAACUUUUUAAUAAAAAUAACCAGUAGGUUACAAUAUAUCGCCGCUAAUAUUCCUACUAUCGAUACUUAUAUAUAGAAAUUAAAUUUAGAUUAUAGAAAUUUGAUGAUCGGUGUAUUGUAUAAACAUGAUGCCUAUAAGAACGAUACAGAUUCCGGCAGAUUUAGAUUAAGUAAAUUAAGUUGUUGUGCUAAGGUGUGGGUUGUUUAGUAAUUAAUUCAAGAAUUUAUAACUUUUUCUUUACAAUGUGUAAAUCGUUUUUUUCGCCACACCAGUCCGUAACAGAAGUAGAGUAAGAAUGGGGGGGGGGGGGGUUUAAAGGUCAUUUUUUUUGAUUUUCGUAAAUAACUCGCAAACGGUGGCCCAAAGUGUUCUUAUCCGUAAAUAAUCUACAUAGGAGUUCACGACCUACUUUAGUGA